UCCUAAUUGUCAUAUCAAACAGUUUCAUCACAUUAUAACCACUUUUUUCUCUGUAAUCGAUCAUCUCCCUUCGUCGAUGUUUCUUUAGCUCAGAAAUUGAAGAAAUAGAAAAGCGCGGGAAAAUAUAUCGGCGGCCGACAUCAAUGGAUACCAAGAAUGAGGAAGUGGAGAUAGACAUUAAUAAAAGAUCAUACCCAGCAAUAGUUACUGUAUGUAACACUGUAAAACCUAAUUGCGGUUUUAUUUUAACACAUGGUGCUGGUGGAGAUAUGAACACUAAACAAUUGAUAUUAUUUAGUGAUCAUCUGGCAAAGCAUGGUUUCCUGGUAUUAAGAUUUACUUGUAAAGGACUAAAUUUAACAUACAGAAACAAAGUUUAUUUAGGAGUCUUGAAAUAUCUACAUGAAUCAGACUAUGGUUUACAGCACUGUAUUCUUGCAGGUCGCUCAAUGGGAUCAAGAUCUGCAGUAGAUGUUGCUAAUCAAAUUACUGAUACUGAAUUCCACACAUUUGUAAAAGGAGUAGUCUGCAUUUCGUAUCCUCUUUACCAACCAAAACAAAAAGAUAAACUAAGAGAUGUACCUUUGAAGGAAUUAAAAUUGCCCAUUUUAUUCAUCGGCGGAUUAGAGGAUGAAAUGUGCGAACAAGAACUUUUGAUUAAAACUGUAUCAAAUCUUGAAAAGAAAGAUUUUCUGUGGAUUAAAGGGGCUGCACAUAGUCUUGAAGGAAAGGGUAUUGUUCUUGAAGAUACAGUUCAAAAGUCAACAGAAACAAUUCAGUCAUGGUACCAUGACAUUGUGAUGGAAGACAAAACAAAGACGGAUGUCGUCGGCAAAAGAAAAAAUGAAAGGGACAUGGCUACCACAUGUACAAAGAAGAAAAAAUAAAGAUUUGUACAAA